UUUGGAAGUUUGUACUUGUGAAUGUGAGUGUCCUAUAAAUGUGAAUAUCCUGUGAAUGUAAAUAAUGACUUACUAUCUUCCAACCAGUAAUAAAUGAACUUAGUAUGAGUGUUCCAACCGUUCGCUUUAACGUAAUUAGUGAGUGGGGGCCCCCUUAUGUCCCAUGCCUAUCUCACAGCUGUCUCUGUAGUAAAGUUAUAGUUUUAUAUCCAUCCGCCACUGCGAAUCUUCUGACAUAAAACGAAGGCUGGGCAAGCUAUUCAAUCAGUACCUACAUCAGUAGCACCGAAAUAAAAUUAUGAGAGUGGUUUUUUUGAUAAUUUUAACUAGCUAUGGUGCCUUUGGACGUAACAGAACCUUUCCUCCGGGUUUCCUUUUCGGAGUAGCCCAAUCGGCUUUCCAGGUUGAGGGGGCAUGGAACAUCGAUGGAAAGAAAGACAGCAUUUGGGACCAUUUCGUCCACGAAAAUCGAUCGAGAAUUCUCAACAGGGACACCGCUGAUGUGGCCUGUGAUUCCUACCAUCUAUACAGGGAGGAUGUCAAGCUUGCAGCUGCUAUUGGCAUGAAGAUGUACAGAUUCUCCAUUUCUUGGCCAAGGGUGUUACCAGACGGAACCUCGAAAACAAUCAACAAAAAAGCGCUGCGCUUUUACGAGCACCUCGUGCACGAAAUAAGGCACCACGGCAUGGUACCUGUGGCUACCCUUUACCACUGGGACCUGCCCCAGGCGCUGAUGGACGCGGGCGUCGAUUGGACCAACCCGAAGGUCGUCGACCAUUUUGUCGAUUACGCGCGCAUCGUCAUCAAGCGGCUGCACCACGUGGGCUACUGGGUGACUGUCAACGAGCCCCACACUUUUUGCCGGGAGGGGUAUGGCGUGGGGGUGUUCGCCCCUGGCAUCAGGAGCAGCGGGAGGGACGAGUACAAGUGCAUUUAUAUGAUGAUGAUGGCGCAUGCUACCGUUUAUCGGAUGUACAAGAACGAGUUUCCUCGUCACGAAGGAAAAAUGUCAAUGGCCCUAGAUAUCCAGUGGUUUCAGCCAAAAAACGCAUCUUCUGCUGCAGACAUCGCGGCGACCAGAAGGACCGCUGAUUUCGAUACUGGCCUGUAUGCACACCCGGUAUUUUUGGGAGGAUGGCCCCCGGAGGCCGAAAGAAGAAUAGCCGAGAGGAGCAGACGGGCAAACCUGACGAAAUCUCGCCUACCUGCUUUUAGUCCGGUAGAAAUCGCACUCAUCAACGGGACCUUCGACUUCUUCGGAGUGAACAUGUACACCGGCUACUUGGUGGAGAAUCUCCCGGAAUUCCCACAUAACGUAUCGAGCUAUGAGGCGGAUGUCCACUCGCAGCUGUCUUUCAGUCCCAACUGGACGUUGGAGACCGGAUAUUUUGCGUUCACCCCAAAUGCACCACUACAUAUUCUGAGAUAUGUCAAAGAAACUUACAACAAUCCUGAAAUUUUAAUAUUGGAAAUUGGCUCAUCUGAUGACGGUAGUACGUUGUAUGAUGAACUCAGAAUCCGUUUAUUCCACAACUAUUUCAACUCUAUACUAGACGCCAUAUACGAUUAUGAUGUAAAUGUGAGCGGAUUGAAUAUCUGGAGUAUACUAGAUAAUUUCGAGUGGGCAAGUGGAUAUGCAUUACACUUUGGUUUAUAUUACGUGGACAUGGAUGACCCGCACCGCACAAGGUAUCCAAAAAUGUCGACCGAGUUCGUCAACCAAAUGACCCGUCUCAAUCGCGUACCAGCAAUAGAAAGCAUCAGGCCAAUAUAUGAGAAUUCGAUGAGGAAUGCAACAGCCCAGUUGAACAGGAUAAUCGAGAAAAUGAAUAACCGUUCUGCGGAACGGAAGAGGCUCAACAGGCCUCGGCACCAUCUUGCACCACGUUCUAGAAACGUGUAAUAAUUACACAUUGUGUUAUUUAUUGAAAAUAUAUUAUGAAAUGUUUAAUUUA